AUGGGCGGUAUCGGCAAGACAACUCUUGCACGUGCCGUUUAUGACAGAAUUUCCAGUCAAUUUGAAGCUAGAAGUUUUAUUGCCAAUGUUAGGGAAGAAAGUACAAGAGGCGGUCUAGUUCCUUUGCAAACACAACUUCUUUCCGAUAUCCUGAUGACGAGCAAUAUUGUCAUUAGGGACAUUGAAAGAGGAAGUAAUGCGAUAUGCCAAGUACUUUGUCGUAAAAAGGUUUUAGUAGUUCUUGAUGAUGUGGAUCAAACCCAACAAUUAGAGGCAUUGGCAAACCGGCGGGAUUGGUUUGGUGGAGGGAGUAUAAUUCUUAUAACAACAAGAGAUAAGGAUGUGUUGAUAAAACGUGGAUUGGCUGAAGAUGAAAUAUAUAGGGCUAAAAAAUUGGAUGAUGAUGAAGCUCUCCAACUCUUUAGUUGGAAAGCAUUCGAGAAUGACCUCCCUCUAGAAGGUUUUGUGGAGCUUUCCAAACAGAUUAUACAUUAUGCUAAUGGCCUUCCUUUAGCUCUUGAAGUUUUGGGUCUAUUCUUAUCAUGUCGGAAUAAUGUAGAUUUUUGGAAAAGUGCUCUGAGAGGUCUAAGAGAAAACCCCAAGAAAGAAAUCGUGGAUAUACUUAAAAUAAGUUUCGAUGGACUCGAGGAAAACGAGCAAAAAAUGUUUCUAGAUAUUGCAUGUUACUUCAGAGGGGAGAAGUAUGUCGACCGUGUCAAGAGCAUACUAGAAAGUUGUGAUUAUCACCCAAGCAGUGGUAUAGAGAUCCUUAUCAACAAGUCUCUCAUAACAAUCUCGGGAGGAAGACUGUGGAUGCAUGAUCUACUCCGAGAAAUGGGUCAUGAAAUUGUUCGUCGCCAAUCUCAGGGAGAUCCUGGCAGACAGAGUAGGUUGUGGCUUACUAAUGAUAUCAUUCGUGUACUGAAGAACAAUAGUGUAAGUGGAUCUUAG